GCUCGAGAUUAUUGUUAAGGUUGUAUGGUCUUACACUGCGGCUUUCAAUCCUUUUUUAUAUACAAUCUCAAUACUAGUACCUGCAUAAACAAGGCGAACAACAAAUAGCCAUUUUAUUACAUAUUCAUGAUACAUAUCAGGUAUAUAAACGGCGUUUAUGAAAUUCGCUCGAUGGAAGACAAAUUGAUUCGGGAAGGCCGGUUUCGGAUGGGGUUCGGCUAGGCGACGGAUGAACCAUAGGUAGCUUAUUCUAUCCCACAUCGUCUUGGUUAGAAACGUGGAGCAGUCUCCCAUCACGUUUCAGCAAAAAGAGGAGGAGGAGGAGGAACCGAAAGAGAACCUGAGUAGGAGAGAACAUACGGACCAGCAAAAGCAAUACUCAGUCAGCAAUGAACAGAUUAGGGAAAGAGCUGCUGAGAAAGGGUUAAUAAAAACACUAAACACUGAACUGAAUCACCCUCUCCCCAAAAAUGGCCAACACAGUUGCCACGCUAGUCAUUAAGACUGAACUCCUGCCCCCCCAGCCCUCCGCCUCCCUGUCACCUUUUCCCUCUUUGCUGACCGCUGGGGAGGAGGGAGACGAGGAUGGGGAGAGGGAGGACGAGCAGCAGCUGGAGAAAGGGGCGGGCCAGGCGGUGCUCACCGAGGUGGAGAUGGUGCCCCCUCCGGCCACGCCCCAGAACCCAGAGCACCCUUUUCAGUGUCUGGACUGUGGGAAGACCUUCAAGUGGUCCUCCAGGCUGGCCCACCACCAGCGCAGCCACAACAAUGAACGUCCCUACCGCUGCAACCUCUGCCCCAAGGCCUUCAAGGGCUCCUCUGCACUGCUCUAUCACCAGAGGUCACACUCAGGGGAGAAACCCUAUAAGUGCGAAGACUGUGGAAAAGCUUUCAAACGCUCCUCUCUGUUACAGGUCCAUCGCAGCGUGCACACCGGGCUGCGCACCUUCCAGUGCCCCUACUGCCCGCUCACCUUCAAGUGGAGCUCGCACUACCAGUACCACCUGCGGCAGCACACGGGCGAGUGCCCCUACCCCUGCGACAGCUGCCCCAAGGCCUUCAAGAACUCCAGCAGCCUGCGGCGGCACAAGAACGUGCACCUGGGCCUGAAGCCGUACGUGUGCGCCGUGUGCACCAAGGCCUUCACGCAGUCCACCAACCUGAGGCAGCACAUGCGCAUACACACCGGCGAGAGGCCCUACAUCUGCGGGGACUGCGGCCGCAGCUUCACGCACUCCUCCAACCUGGCCCUGCACAGGAACUCGCACGGGGAGGGCAAGGGGAAGUCGGGUGGGGGCAAGGUGGCCGCGGUGGCGGCGACGGCCGCGGCAGCAGCGGGCGUGGUCGCCGAGAGCGUCUCUGUAGGGGUGGGCAUAACGGACGUUGUGGGGUUCGUGGGACAGGAAGCCGCGGUUGGGGUGGAGGUGGGGGAGGUUUUCCUGUCGCACCAUACCCCGAGCCAAAACCAAGCCCUCCUACCUCAGCUGACCCUCUCCUCCACCCCGAGUCAGAGCGGCGGCUCCGAGGUUCACGUGAACGCCGAGGCGGGCCCCAGCGUGCUGCUCUACAGCUGCGGCAGCUGCAGCCAGACCUUCAGCACGCAGGCGGACCUGGAGGAGCACCAGGCGCUGCACCUGGGCGCGCUCGGGCAGGGGGACGAGGGAGGGGCCGGGGCCGGGGAGGAGACAGGCAGCGAGGCGGGGGUGGGGCUGGUGGGGGCGGGCCCUCUGCUGGCGGACUUCGAGGAGGUGGUGGAGACGACGACCGUCUCCGAGAACGGCCACGGCGCCACCGACAUCUUGAGCCUGGCCGGAGACGCGGACGCGGGGGUGAGCGCGGGAGGGACCCUGACCCAAAGCCAGGCCCAGUUCGACCUUCUGCAGAGUUUCGGCGCAGUGUCCCAGCUUCCCUCUGCCCCUGCCCUGCCCACAGGCACUGCUGGAGGGGCAAGCGGGCCCACAGACUGCGCGUACUGCGGGAAGAGCUUCAACACCAGUGGCAGGUUAAGCAGACAUUUGACACAGGCUCACUCCCUGUCCCCCUCCCAGUCCCGCUCGCAGUUCAGCUGCUCGGCCUGCGACCGCUCCUUCUCCCUGCUCUCCUCGCUGCUCACGCACCAGCACUCCCACACGCCCGAGCAGCGGCUGCUGGCGGAGGCGGAGGCGGAGAUCGUGUGCCCGCCCUCGCUCUCCCUCUCACUGCCCCUGCCGUCCUCCCCCGCCGCCAAGCGCAGGGAGGGCGAGGAGGCGGAGCGGGAGAUCCACGUCAGCCUGAUCGCCGUGACGGAGGACGGAGAGAGGGAGCCGGUGAAGGCAAAGCGAGGGGCGGGGAAGGGCCAGAGGAGGGGCGCCGGCAACAGGACCGCCAGCGCCAGCAACAAUGAGCGCCCGUACCGCUGCUCGGAGUGCGGGAAGUCCUUCAAGGGCUCCUCGGGCCUGCGCUACCACAUGCGCGAUCACACUGGGGAGAGGCCCUACCGCUGUACAGAGUGUGGGAAGAGCUUCAAGAGGUCCUCUCUGCUCUCCAUACACCAGAGGGUCCAUACCGGCGUGCGCGCCUUCCAGUGCCCCUACUGCCCGCUCACCUUCAAGUGGAGCUCGCACUACCAGUACCACCUGCGGCAGCACACGGGCGAGCGGCCCUACGUCUGCCAGGAGUGCGGCAAGUCCUUCAAGAACACCAGCUGCCUGCGGCGGCACAGCCAGCUGCACUCGGGCCUGCGGCCCCACGCCUGCUCCAUCUGCGGCAAGUCCUUCUCGCAGACGUCCAACCUGAAGCAGCACGUGCGCACGCACUCGGGCGAGCGGCCCUUCCAGUGCGGCCAGUGCCACAAGAGCUUCACGCACUCCUCCAACCUGCAGCUGCACCUGCGCACGCACUCCUCCCGCAAGGACUUCAAGUGCCAGUUCUGCAGCAAGGAGUUCGUCAUGCACUCCUACCUGCAGAGGCACCUGCGAACGCACAGCAACACCGGCGCCGGCGGAGCCAAGGACGGCGCCAGGGCGGCCAAGAGCCUCGCCGCCAACGCCAGCCAGAGCGUCAAUUUGAUUUCGAUCCCCGAGGCCGCCGGCAACUCCACCUUGAUUUUGUCCCCGCCCAGUCUGGACAUCCCCCCGAACACGUCGCAGAAUUACUUCAUGAUACAGACGCCGACGGGGCUGCAGCUGAUACCCAUGUCGGCCCCGGCUCCGCCCCCUCCACCUCCUCCGCCCCCUCCGCCUCCCCAGCCUCAGUCACAGAACUAUCUCCUGCUGCAGUGUCAGUCCACCAACGGAAGCCAGCCCAGCCUGCUCCUCGUCCCGACAGCCUCCAACCCCACCACUACGGCGGCCUCUGCCCCAGACCCCCAGCCCCUCUCCUUGGUGCAGUCACUACCAGCCCUGCAGCCGGUCUUGGGGCCAAGCCAGAACCAAAUCCCCCAGUUCCAAACCAUACAGACGCAGUUCAUUCUGACUAACACGGGCACUCCGGUCGCGCCCGCCCCAGCCCACAACCCUGCCACGACGUCACAGAUUUUGGGGAAACCCACUCGGACCAGGAACCCUAGACCCAAACGAGUGCGGAAACCCAAAGCUACCCCACAGAAACCUGCUCCCACACCCCCAGUAACUGCUCCAGUGAACCAGACUGGAGUUUUAUCAGUGCCGGGCGCUAACUCCAGUGCGAGUUCUGCUACUGCUAUUGUUGCGAACACUACCACAUCGUCUCUCCCCCCGGUCAGCUGUCUGUCUGCCUCUCCCCUUCCCUCUGUCCCUAUCGCCCCUGUCCCCUCAAGUGCCCCAGCCUCCUCAGCUGUGACCUCAGACCCGCAAACUGUCACUGCCUCCUCAGAAUCACUUCCUCCAGACCCCACUACCUGGGAUGGAAACCCUCAGGCUGCUGAGGGUAAAUGCUCAGAUGCUAUCGAAGGGAAGCAGUUUGUUCUGUGUUUCGAGAAAGGGGGCGAGGAGGGUGGGAAGAAGGACGGUGUGGAGAUGGAGGGUGGGAGUGGGGAGUCAUACGUGUUGCAGUUUGAAGGGGAGAGACAUGAAGAUGGAGCAGAGGCCCAGGGAGAUGACCUGGGUCUAGCCUGCCCGCCUGCCCAAGCCCUGGUUCCACUUGAUGGACAAGAAGUGGUAUUCGAGCUGGGGGAUGAGGCCAAAAUGGUGGACUCUGAGUCGGGAGAAAGGGUUCAGAUGAUUGCGUUGAUAGAAGGAGAGGGGAAUGACCCGGGAACAGGAAGUAGCUAUAACGCAGCUGGUGGGGUCGUUGGAGAGGGCAGCGAAGCGAUGGAGGGCAUAUUUCAGAUAGAAGGAGGGGAGGGAAUAGUUAUCAUUGAGGUCAGCACCAGCAGUUUGAGAGAUGGAGCGAUGGACGGAGAGGGGGGUGUGGGUAAAGAGGCAGAUGGAAAGGGUGCUUGUGGCGCUGAGGCAGAGAAAGAUGGGUUAAGAGAAGUGGAAGGGUUAGACAUGGGCACGGAGGGGCAGACGAAGCAGGAAACAGAGGUGAAGCCGGCGGGAGCCGGGGGCGAGAAUGGGCAAGACGCGCGAAGCAUCGGAGAAAACCAACGGAGUGGCUCUCGGAUCUCUUCUCUUUGUGGCGAUCCUGUGUCGGAAAUCUCUAACGCCCGGCCGAUGCAGUUCUCGGGCGAAUUCUCACAGACUGAACAGCAGUAG